AUGCGUUCGAUAACUUGCCAAGGCACUUCGUACGAGAUUGGCCUUCAGCAUGGGGAGCAAGCACGGACCGAAAUCCAUGGCAGUAUGGAGUUCUACAAGGGUCUCUUCAAGAGGGACUGUUCGAUGAAUUGGGAGGAAGUGUGCAAAACAGCGGUGAAGUUUGUUCCGCUGCUGGAAGCGUCGUUUCCGGAAUAUCUGCAGGAGAUCAAUGGCAUUGCCCAGGGAGCUGGUGUGGGUGUUGAUUCCAUCCUGGCGCUCAAUGUUCGAACGGAAUUGGCGUAUGGAAUGUUCAACGACGGCUGCACCGCAUUCUCGUGGAAGUCAGAUGCAGGAAGUUUCCUGGCUCAAAAUUGGGAUGCAAGUAGUCUUCUAUCUCCACAGAGGUUUUUAAAAACCCGAUACACAAAGCAGGAACUAAUACCUGUCAAAGUGGGAUAA